UGUUCAUAAGAACAAGCAACACAUUUGCACAAAGUCAACGACCUUUUCUCUCAAACUAGCUAACUAAUAUAAUCUCCUUGGCUCUCUUGGCUAAAUCUCUUUCAAUUUCUCAAUCUCAGUCUCUAAUGGCUAAUCCAGAAAAAGGAGUGGUUUUCAACAAUUUCCCUUGUGAUUCUCUUGGGGACGUUCUCUCAAGACUCGACGCUAAAUCUCUGAAACGGUGCGAGUGUGUCUCUAAAUCUUGGCUCUCUCUGCUACGGACCCCAUAUUUCAUCAAGCUCCACCUCCAGCGUCAACUACCUCGUGUAGUUUUCCUCCAGAAAAAGGUCAGAAAAUUCGAUCACACUUUAUCCAUUUGUGAUUGUGAAAGUUUUGCUGAGAUUUCUUCACGGAAAUUUCCCUUUAAUGAGAGGAAUUAUUCAUCGCCAUUAUUUAUGGGCAGUGAUAAUGGUGUGUUGGGCCUUUUCUGCUUUAAAACUGAUGUAAUUCAUUUAUGGAACCCCACCAUUAACGAGUCUAAAGAACUGCCUAGUUUUCCUCACUCGACAUGUAAUGAUUCUGUGCUUGGACUCGGCUUUGAUCCCUUGACCGCUGAUUUCAAAGUGGUAAGGUUCACAUCUCUAGAUGAGAACGGUGUUGUUCGCAAUGACACCCAUAAUUUGUUCAAAGAGGGCAACCAAGUUUGGAUUUAUAGUUUGAGAAGCAAUUCAUGGAAAACAAUGGCAAUGCCUAACAUAUUUUCAGACUUUGAAAUACCUACUUUUGAUAUAAUUAUUACUGCAGGUGUGGGUUGUUCCAUUGUUUUUAAUGAGUGCAUUCAUUGGAUGGUUUGGUUUGUAAACAGAACUGGUUAUCACCAAUCAUCUUUAGGGAUAGUUUCUUUUGAUAUAAGUAUGGAGAAUUUCAAGCUUUUGAAGUCACCUCAAAUUGUAAAACUGGAAAGAGAUCAUGGUAGCAACCUAGCCAACUUUUCUGGGUGUCUUUCUUUUUUCACUUUGAAUGAAUUCCAAGUAGCUGAGAUUUGGGUUAUGAAGAAAUAUGGUGACUCGGAUUCUUGGUUCAAAUAUCUGUCAGUCAACUUACUCAGUCUUCUUCCAAAUAGGUUUGGUCAGCGUUGUAGCUACAUUCCAGUAGGUUUUCUGAGCAAUGGGAUUCUUGUAAUUUCUUGCACUGAAACUGAUUGUUGGUAUUGUUAUGAUACCAAGAGUAAGAGGCUUGAAAAUGUGGGUGAAAGAUUUGGUGUGUCGGACUUCACUACAUAUGUUGAGAGUACUUUUAAGUUAAAUGGUUGAGAAUUAUGUAUUUCCAGAGAAAAAAUCCAUAUGUAUCUUUCUGAACUUAGAGCAGCGAUGUCGUCAACCUUGUAACUAUAUAUAGUGGCUUGGUGGGUUUCUCCCAAUGCAUAGCGAUUUCGGGCUUGCUGCUGCGUUGUAUAUCCGGUUUCAUUGUGCAUGUAUGCGUUUGAUAUUAACAUGUAGCAAAUUUAUAUAAAUAUUUUUUAUUUUU